AGGGGAUGGACAAACAACACGAAAGGACUCGAAGGGUCGCAACUGGAGGUUGCGACUGACAGUUACAGCUGCAAAGAUGCUCUCAACGUCUCUGAAGACAUGUCUCUGCAAGGGUCGAGUGGUGACAAUGCAGGUUUCGUGGAAGAGCAGGAGGCAGAGGAGGGGGAGGCGGGAGAGGAGGGAGAGGAGGGAGAGGAGGGAGAGGAGGGAGAGGAGGGAGAGGAGGGAGAGGAGGGAGAGGAGGGAGAGGAGGAGGAGGAGGAGGAGGGGGGUGAAGCGGCGGAGCCAGGAGAGGAGGAUCCGUACCCAGAGACUAAGAAGUGCCGUGGCGCAGCAGCAGAAGCCGAGAAGCUGACAGAGCAAGAGAGCACUGCGAGGCAUGCCUGGGGGGUGCUAGAUUACAUCAAGCACCCCCCAGGAGGAUCAGUAGAUGAGGAGGAGGGGGGCUGUGAUUUUAGUACUAUGGAGACCCAUGAGGAUUUCUAAUAGACUACUCUUGUCCUAUCU